UGGGAUGCGCACGGAAUAUGAAACGCAACCUUUUGGUCCAAUUAACCAAAAAACAGAAAAACAGACGAGGGGAACGCGGACAGAGACUGCGCCAGUGAACCCUAGCUCUUGCUCGUGAGUCUACUUCAAACCUCUGGCUCCCUCCCAGGCUCCCACCCUCCGUCGCCGGGCAUCACACCCCAGAAGGAGAAGACAACGACUUCUGAGUUCUGAACCAGUGAAUAAGUGAACCCUAGCAUCGCGAGUCGCAACCUUCGAACUUUCCUCCCAGCCUCCAUCGCCUGACUUUGCAACGUUCGAACCCCAGCCGUGGCCGGACAUUGUAGCAGUGCAGCCUCCAUCGCUAAACGUCGCUUUGUGGAAGGCUUGAAUUCUUCUUAAGCCAAUGUUCCAGGUUCAAGUUUAGUUUGCUGGAACUCUUUAGUUCAUGGCCAGCAUUUAGAUUGUUAUGUGGCACUAUGGACUCCAUUACUAGGGGCAAUAAUCUCCACAACAAUUCUAAUCUGACAUCAAAGCAGCGGUUGCGCUGGACGCAUGAGCUUCAUGAACGCUUCGUUGAUGCUGUGGUACAACUUGGCGGGCCAGACCGGGCGACUCCCAAAGGUGUCCUUAGAGUCAUGGGUGUACAGGGUCUAACAAUAUACCAUGUCAAAAGCCAUUUACAGAAAUACCGUCUUGCAAAGUACCUCCCUGAUUCCUCAUCUGAUGGUAAAAAAGCGGACAAUAAAGAAUCUGGGGACAUACUUUCCAGUUUGGAUGGUUCUUCUGGUUUGCAGAUUACUGAAGCGCUCAAGCUGCAGAUGGAGGUGCAGAAGCGUUUGCAUGAGCAGUUGGAGGUGCAGAGGCAGCUGCAGUUGAGGAUAGAAGCCCAGGGCAAAUAUUUGAAGAAGAUUAUUGAAGAGCAGCAACGCCUCAGUGGAGUUCUUGCAGAAGUUCCUGGUUCAGGGGCUCCUGUCCCAUUAACAGGUGACAACCAUGCAGAGUCGGAAAAGAAGACAGACCCAGCAACCCCAGCACCAACCUGUGAGUACCGCCUCCAGGACAAGUCUAUGAAGGAAUGUGCCCCAUCAAAGAGCCUUUCACUGGAUGAAUCCUUCUCAUCUCAUCACGAGCCAUUGACGCCAGAUUCUGGUCACCGUGCCAGUUCCCCAGCUGAGAGCCCAAAAGGUGAGAGGCUGGUGAAGAAGCAGCGGGUAACGAGUGCAUCUAAUGCUAAACCACAGAUAGUGCUUACACAGAUACUGGAGUCAAGUUUAUGCUCAUCUUACCAGCAACCACGAUCAGUUAUCUUAACUUGUGAGCAGUUUAAUCCUUCAUCACGGACAUCAUGCAGUAAUGAAGACGAAAAUGUUUCAGUCAAAGAUAUGUGAUGUGUUGUUCCAUAGAAUUCGCAGGUUGGACUACUUUUCUUGGGUGUGGGGGUGAAGACAUUGGUGGUUGGUGUGAAAAUUUAAUGCACCAGAAAAAUAGGCAAAAGGAACUCACAGGUUUCAUAUACUUUCUUGCCUCUCAACUCUUUCAGUGGCAAAACUAAAGGUUUUAUUGCAAUGAAUAACUUAUAUUUUUCUUGGUUUAGGAUUUCAA